CAGGCCUGCUACUGUGGCUGCAGAAUGACUCUCAGCAGCCAGAGGGGAACUUCUAGGCAUAAGCACUUUGUAAGCCUUAUUUGUACCACAUUUGCAUGUUGUGCCAUUGGGCAAAGUAAGUAACAAGGCCAAGCUCAGAUUCAAAGGGUGGAGAAAUAGACUCCACCUUAUGUUGGAAGGGCAGGCAAAGCCACGUGCAGAGGCGUGUGCAUGGACGUGGCCUGGCAAAUCACAGCCAUUGCUGCACUAAUGGCUACCAUUACAAUGAAGACUUUGGAACCAGCAGGAAUGGAGAUGUUCUCUGUGGUAGCCUGUUCCCAGCCACUUACUGCCCUUGUCAUCCUGGGCAAGUUGACUCACCAUAAGCUCUCCAGCCUCUCCUGCCCAGCCACCAUAUGGGACAAAGUGAGGCCACCUCAGUGAUGCCAGGGGAGGAUCAGAUGAGGACAUGCACAGUGUGCAUGCCUUAGGGAUUGGGACCCAGCCAGAGAGCUCCUGCUGAUCUUCCUACUCUCCAAAGAAGCCUUCAGAAGCUGGUUCUUAGUGGUCUCAGCCUGAUUUAUCCCUCCUCCCUGAUCUCACGCUUUUAUUAAUACAUUCACAUUGUGCAUAUUUCUUUUUCCUUGUCCCUGGAGACACUUUUCUCAAGUUUUGUGUUUUUUGCCAAGCAGAUCUCACUAGCACCUAUUCAAGGAGCUGCUUAAAACGUCACCUCCUCUUUAAAUUCUUCUUCCAGGCUGAUUUGGCCAUUGCCUCCUCAGCUGCCCUCAAUGUCGCUCGCUCACCUCCUUGUAUCGCCUUGCCCUGAACUGUUUCUGCGUUUGCCUGUUUUCUCCGCCAGGCUGAGCUCCUUGAGGACAGAAGUUAUGAUUUACUGACUUCCUGUCCUGGCUUGUGGCGGGCUAUGCCUGGAACAGAACAGCUGAUACCACCUUCAGACCCCCAACUUCCUGAACUGGAAAUGCCAAGGAGAGGGAAUUAGUGCCUCCAAGACCUGUAGUGAGCAAACACUUUGAGCUUUUUGGCCAGGCCAGCCCCAGCGGUGGACCAGAGAUGCACGUCACUCAGCCUAUUGAGAUGACAGACAGCCAACCCUCUGCCUUCCUCAAGCUGGCCGCUUAACCGCCACGUCUCUGGUGGUGGCAUGGAAAAGACAGAGCUCUAAUUGAGGAUCAUCGCAAACCACAUUUUGCAGGGGGGGUUGGCCAAGACCCUUCUUUCGAAGGCCUCACCCUCAGGGGACCCUGGACUGUCACAAAGAUUAAUUACCACUCGACUCCUUUGGAUGGGAAAUGAAAUCACCGAUUAAAGCUUCGUCAAGAGACAUUGUCAGCUCUUUAAGGAUUGCAGAAUAAGUAGGCUACUCUAUUUUCUGAAAAGACGGAUACACGCAAGCAGAGCCAGCACACCACGAAUGGCCUUUGUGUGCCACACGGUGAUGUCGGGGACGCAGGGGUGGCCGUGCCCCGGCGGGAGUGAGGUUGGCCCCAGCAGCCCCUGAGUCCUCCCUGGGAAUUCCCGCCGUCCCUGCUGAUCGAGCCUCCAUCUCCGGGAUUUUUCUUCUGUCUUUCUCCUCAGUCAGGAGGGAUUUCCUCCGGCGCGUCACAGGGAGGCCCCACCAGGUAGCAAAGAUGGUAACCAUGAGGAAGAAGACCCUCAAAGUGCUCACCUUCCUCAUCCUCUUCAUCUUCCUCACCUCCUUCUUCCUCAACUACUCCCACACCAUGGUGGCCACCACCUGGUUCCCCAAGCAGAUGGUCAUGGAGCUCUCGGAGAACCUCAGGAGGCUCAUCAAGUACAGGCCCUGCACCUGCGCCCACUGCAUCGGCCAGCGCAGGGUCUCUGCCUGGUUCGACGAGAGGUUCAACCAGACCAUGCAGCCGCUGCUGACGGCGCGGAACGGGCUCCUGGAGGAGGAAACCUACAGAUGGUGGCUGAGGCUCCAGCGGGAGAAGAAGCCCAAUAACUUGAAUGACACCAUCAAGGAGCUGUUCAGAGUCGUGCCUGGGAACGUGGACCCCGUGCUGGAGAAGCGGUCUGUGGGCUGCCGGCGCUGUGCUGUGGUGGGCAACUCGGGCAACCUGAGGGAGUCCUCAUACGGGUCGGAGAUAGACAGUCACGACUUUGUGCUCAGGAUGAACAGGGCACCCACAGCGGGGUUUGAGGCUGAUGUCGGCAGCAAGACCACCCACCACCUGGUGUACCCCGAGAGCUUCCGGGAGCUGGGGGAGAACGUCAGCAUGGUCCUGGUGCCCUUCAAGACCAUGGACUUGGAGUGGGUGGUGAGCGCCACCACCACAGGCACCAUCUCCUACACCUAUGUCCCCGUGCCCCCAAAGAUCAAGGUGAAGCAGGAUAAGAUCCUGAUCUACCACCCGGCCUUCAUCAAGUACGUCUUCGACAACUGGCUGCAGGGCCACGGGCGGUACCCGUCCACCGGCAUCCUCUCCGUCAUCUUCUCCAUGCACGUCUGUGACGAGGUGGACCUGUAUGGCUUCGGGGCAGACAGCAAAGGGAACUGGCACCACUACUGGGAGAACAACCCAUCGGCAGGGGCUUUUCGCAAGACAGGGGUACAUGAUGCAGACUUUGAGUCCAACGUGACGGCCACCUUGGCAUCCAUCAACAAAAUCCGGAUCUUCAAGGGGAGAUGAUGCCGCGAAGGGUUUAGGAUGGAUGCGCCACCACGCCUCUGGAUCCCAGCUCCAGCAUCUCGCCGGAGCCGUCCCGUCCAGGAGCUUCGAGGGCCAGCCUCAGGGGUGUGCCCAGGUGCUUCCUGCCGCCUCUUACACCCCAGCCUCUGGCAGCCUCCACUCAGCAAGGUCGCCGAACUCCACCAAGACUGCAGAGCAAGUUUCAGAGCCUGUGUUGGGCAGGGAGACUUUCCUCCCACUGCUGUCCCAGCGCUGGGGAGACUCUGGGGAAGCUUCAGUCUCCAAACACUAAAAUCGUUUUGGCUUCUGGGGUGGGGUUGGGGGGCGAAUCUGAAGACUCCCGUAUUAUGAUCGACAGGAGGCUUCUCAGGAAAGAUGGGGAGAGAGACUUGCUGCUGCCCAGGGGUCCAGAGCUGACUCUCCAGCUCUGAUGCUCGCUGGGAUGUUUCUGAGUGAUGAUUACCUCCAGGACAGAGCCACGCUGGGCCACACAGGUGCUGGGGGGGGGGCACAGUGCCGCCCUUCUUUGCACGAAGCCUGGCCUCUCGCUUGGUGUGAUAACCCUGUCAUCCCUUUCUUCCCAGAGUCCAUUUAUCAUGGCCAGGAGAGACUUCCCACCCCCAAGACCUUCAUGGAAACUUGGCAGCAUGUUUCUCCCUCCUGCAGAUGCCUCUUCCCAAGCAGAUGUUCCCUUGAGCAAUCAACCUCCGUGGUUAUACUCGUGGCCAAGAGCAGCUCUGCCUACUUCCAUGUGCCUUUGUGUUUGGGGAAGAAAUGCAUGCAUCGGCUGAAAUGAGGCAAAAGCUCCUACUCGGGAAAGGGGGCCCCCACCAAUGCCCCCACUUGCUCCAGAACUGCGAACGUCUUUUCUAGAUUCCUGAGACAGCACCCACUGUCUUUAUGAGACACCAUAAAGCUCUGAUGACACUCAAAGCCACCCAGGGCCACAUCAGCUGGGGAAUGCACUCUUAUUUUCUUAGACUGUUGGAUUUGGUGCCUGUAACCUCCAAGGCCACACGGGGGGCUUCCAACAGCAUUUUCCCCAAGGGCCUGAGCUCUGGGCCACGUCCCUGCUGACCACCUCUGGGGUGUAUGGGGGUCUGGGUGGGGGCCUCCAAGAAUGGUGGCUGCACUUACCUCAUCUUCUCAUUCUCUGGCUACUCUCUUUCUCCUCCGCCUUCCUGAUUAUUUAUUGAUUUAUUUUCUUUUUAAUUCAACUGACAUUGUGUAUACCCAGGCUCUGUUGCUGGCCUUGGGGUUUUGAUUAAGCUUGCUAUUGUCUAACCCAGAGGCAGGGGGAGGGGUGCUGAAAGGGAAGCUUGUAGGAAUUCUCGGACUUGGGGUGUUGGGGGUGUCUAGACCUGGGGCUGGCAGUUGGGCAGAGCUGUGGUGUCAGUCCUUGGUGGCUUGUGGAGUGCCUGCACCACCCUCCCGUGUCAGCUCAGCUUCCUUCCUCCUCAUUGUGGAUUUGGUGUCAUUCUCAGACUGGGAGUGUCCAAAACUCAGUGAAACCUCAUUGUGGCUGGGUGGGGAGUGGAGCAGGCAGAGGAGGACAACGAUUGUUGGCUGUAGCUCUGAGGCUUCAUCAGAAAAACCACUUUUCCUAUUGCAAACAUUUCCUAAAAGGCCACUGAUGCUUUAGGGUGGUGUGACCUUUUAGGAUGCAAUCUCAGAAACCAUGGGACCCACUCCCCCCGGUUCAGAAUCCCCCUCUGCACUCUGGGUGGGAGGAAUUAUGGGGGCUCAGGGGCCUCAGUCAGGGGUUACAUAUGGCUUCAGGCCACUCAAAAGAGCCCCCCCAAAGUGCAUGCCAAGUUUUGUUUGUUUGUUUGUUUUUUCUCCUGAAUUCUGUGCAUAUAAGCACGUUUCUGGGGAAAGUUUCCAUAGCUUUUAUUACCUUCUCACAUAUUCAGAAUCCAGGAAGUGUUAAACAAACCUGUUUCAGCUUUUAAAAGCCUCCCAAACCGAAUACUUCCUUGACUGGUUCAGACUGGCUUGUCACUGCAAGUCACCACUCUGAAGUCAUACACCUCCGAGGCUCACAGCCCUGGUGGGUGGCGGAUUAGUUCUGGGACAAAUGAGUCACAUGGGCGCCGAUACCGAGGGCCAUGUUGACUCUGGAGCUCUUCCCCUUCUCCCAGAAGCUGAGUCUGUUUGGGGAUACGUGUUCAGUAGAGCCAUCUGCUUUGGGUUUUACUGAUGAGGAACAGGUCCCCCAAAGUGAAGACGUGUCCCUGCCUGAGCUGGCUGCUGCCUGGGCGGCUGCCUGGGCUGGGUCUGCUCUCCUUCCUCCCACUAGGAUGUUUAGGCUGUGGGAUACUUUCCAGCCUACCGUUAGCUCUCUCAUUCUACACUGAGAAAAGUAUGGCCCAGAGUAGGGAAGUGACUUGCAAUAGUAAUCAGAGUUUACUGAUUACUAUUGCAAGUAGUAAUCAGUCAGGGUUUGAGCAAAAGUAGGGUGUUACUGGUUCCAAUUUGGUUACUAGUUUAAAUUGUCCAGAGUUGGGCUUUCCCAGCAAGGCUCCAUCCAGCAUCUUGAAAAAGUGCAACCAUCAUGUAGGUGUCUGACUCUCUGCUCUCUCAGCACUGAGCUCCAGCCUCAGGCGACUCUGGUGGGCGAGCUCUCAUCUCUGCCUUCUCAUGCCAUACCCAGCAGCAGAGGAGAUGGCAUUUCUCUUUCCCAUAGCCCAGCAUAGCCUCUUGUGUCUCCCUGGCUUAGCAGUGGGUACUUACCCUAAUAAAAGCCAGUCGUUGUGGCCAGAAUUAAAUGCACCAAUUGAUGCAAGCCAUUUGGAGCCCAUCCUUGGGGUGAAGGUUGCUGAGAGCCAGACUAGUGUGUUUCCCAAGGGGCACUGGUUGUGCUGUCAGCAGGAGACCAAGAAGGACCCAUGCUGGGCAGGCCAUGGAAGGUGCUCCCUCCGGCCCCUGAAUCCCAGCCCAGGGCUCUGUCCACUCUGCAGGCAGAGAGCCCAUUGGAGACCAGCCCUGGGCUCUAGGCAGGGAGCAGAGGGAUCCCCACCUGUAGCACACAGCGCUGAGCCUGAGGCUGGCCCGUGAGAUCUCAGCAACCUCCCAGCCUCCGGGGUCCCCCAGCAGCAAGCCAGGAGGUGGAUUCUCUAGAGUUGGAACCACAUGCCCCUCCCCUGCCCUCUCUCAACUGUUACAGGAGACAGGAAGGAAGGUUUGUAACCUCUGGCUUCACGGAGGAAUUGGGGAGGAGAACUGAGUUCAUAAAACAGGGAAACCAGACAAGGUGGAGAAAGCAGUUAAGAUCUUGGUGGUUCUUUUAUGGAAUCUCAGUCUCUGCUGUGGCCAGAAGGGGGCGCGAGAGGCCAAGCCUACCUGGCGGGGAAUCACAGCUGAGGCAGAUUCCAUCACGCCUCCAUCCCUUCCGUGCCAGAAUCACUCAGGUCUCAACUGCCGUCUCCAUCUCGUCUGGUCUCCUUAUUUUUUGUUUUAUUUUCUUGUACCUGGCUUUUCCCACGAAUCCCAGCCCACACGGUUUGCUGCAGGAGAGCUGGGUUAUUUGUUUCACUGUCCUCUUCAAGCUAGCCUGACAACAAGCAAGGUGGAAACCCAGAAAACCCACUCUCCCUCACCUGGUUAUAAUCAAAAGUACUUCCUGCAGGGAAGCCCAAGCCCUGGGUGGCCAGUGUCCAGCUAAAGAUGUCUGGACGCCUGCCAUGUGCCAUCAGGAACCAGCAACCGUCCUCGCCCUCUGAAGAGCUCAGGGACAUCGCUGUGCUCGUGGUGGACAUCUGGGUUGCCACAUAUCUGGCCACGUGCCACCAGCCUCAUCCUGUCCUGUGGGCUGGGCCAGGCAGUUCUGAGAUAGAGUCCACUUUCCUCUUCUUGUUUGCAUGAAAGCACCAGCUCUUGCACCCCUGGGUGCCGCCUGACACUGUGCAGAGAAUAGGAGAGGGAGGAGGAAAACCAGAGUCAGGCCAAGCAUCUCACAGCGUGUCAGGGCCAGGGAAUUAGCAACUCUUAACUUUCUUACCAAAAGAGCACUGAAUUUCCUACUGGCGGCCAGCCUGCUCCACACCGCCCGUUUUUCCCGCCAGAUAUCUGCACUGCCCAGCACCAUCGCCCAGCUUCUACCCUAAAACUGCAUUGUGGCCAGUCCUGAGCUGGGACAUCAGCUUUAACCCCAGCCUGCAUCAGGGACCCCUCCCCGUCAGGGUGGUGGCAGGUUCAUUCCUGUUCUCCUGCACAAUCGCUUUAGUACUUCACCGAAUUCCCUUCAAAGCCAAAGUUUCUUGAGCACUUUUUCCUCCUUGCAGACUUGUGUGUUUGGUUGUUGGUGUUUUGAAAUUUGCUUUCUGUUCCCACUCGCCUCUCUCCGUUCCGCAGCCGAGCACUGAUCUGAGUGCAUCCGGACGACGGUAGCAAGAGUCUACUUUCCUCAGCCCCUGCUCUGUUUUAUUUAUUGUUGAAUAUUUCCAAUGACCUGAAUCAAAGUGAAUUAAAAAAGAGCUAUUUUAUCGUU